UUAACAGUGUUGCUGCCAUAGUACGUACCCACCAGCUACGCACCGCUGCGAUACGACUGCCGACCGAGCUGAACGUCGACGCCAACUAGUUUUCCGCACGUACACGGCGACAGCGACCGGCGGCGUCAAUCGCACGCCGACCACCAACGCGAUCGUCUGCGCUCGUCCGUCUCGUCGAACCACCGACUACAUCGAUAAUACCCAUUAUUGUCGACGCCGUUGCUGUCACAGCGAUAGCUGUACUUGGCCGUGGUCAUUGUCUUAUGCCGAAAAUCGUUUCCGUACGGUUUUCCAACGAUUUCCGCACACCACCAAGUUAUCCGGUCGGAGCGUAGCUUUUCGCACACCACACGGCCAUCGCCGCAGGACAUCAUCAUGACGACCGACGAAUGGGGAUACGAAGAGUUUAACGGACCAAUGGUCUGGCCAAAACUAUUUCCACAAGCCGGCGGAUUAUUACAAUCACCAGUUAAUAUUGAAACUUCUAAAUCUACUAACGACAUGACCCUAAAGUGUAAACCUUUGUACUGGAAUUACUGCCCUGAAAUGUGCACAAAAAUUAUCAAUACCGGGUAUGGUUGGAAAGUGGAUGCUACUGGUGGUGAAGGAUCAGAACUCUCUGGUGGUCCAUUGGGACAUAAGUACAAAUUGGAACAGUUUCAUUGCCACUGGGGAUGCACUAGCUCCAAAGGAUCAGAACACACUGUUGAUGGAGUUCCUUAUGCGGGCGAGUUACACCUAGUCCAUUGGAAUUGUGAUAAAUACAAUUCGUUUUCUGAAGCCAUUGCACAUCCGGAUGGUUUGGCUGUACUUGGAGUGUUCUUACAGGCUGGAACCGAAUCUCACGAUGAAUUGGAAAAAAUUGUUUCAUUGAUUCCACAGGUUGCCUUACGAAACCAAACUGCUGAAAUAACCAAUUCCAUCAAUCCGACAAAUUUGUUGCCUGAGGACGUAACUUACUGGACAUAUCAUGGUUCACUCACCACUCCACCGUGUUCGGAAUGCGUUACAUGGAUCAUGUUCAAGAGUCCUUUAGAAGUUUCCGAAAAACAGCUGAACGCGUUCAGAAGCAUGAGGACAUGGACACCCGAAGAAUGUUGCUCGGAAGCGCACGGCGGACCUCAGCUGGUCAACAACUACAGGCCUCCACUGCCUCUUGGAAACAGGGUACUUAGAGAGUGCGGUGCCAUGUGAAACGUAUACGUCGGACUAGCAUAUUAUUAUAUUUUGUAUUGGUUGUAUAAUUAUAUUAUUGGCCGCCAUCUCCAAACACGUCUGACCGAGGACUUAGCGAGAAACCACCGCCACCACAUGCACCAGCAGAAGCUAACGUAUACGGAAUUAUUUAUUCUAAACAAUUUUUUUUUCCUUUUUUUUACGCGUUUCUAAAUAUAAUA